AAAUUCUCACGACGACCACCACAACUCGAGUAGUAUCAUUUUGCUCGAUUGUACUUGAACGGUUCAACAAUGAUCUCCAGAGAGAAAGAGAGAGAGAAAGAAAAAAAGAUUAAAUUAAUUACGAUUCCUUGGUGGCAGUGAUGCUUGGGCGAAAGAGGCAAGGGUUCAGAGAGACGGAAUACGAAAGAGCUGUAAAAAAGGCAGCGAUGGAGGAAGCGAGAGAGUUAAAUGAAAGAAGUGGCAGAUAAGAAGUGUAUUCCUCGUGUAAAAGGGGAGUAAAGUCGACGAAUCUCGUCAGUCGAGGAAUGAUCGUUGUGCCAGCUAGAUGAAACGAGUUUGCGACUGUUCUAGUAUUGUAAAAAAUUGCGAGGAAUGGAAUUUUAUUAAAUAAUAAAAAAUAAUUUUAUUUUAUUUCAUCACUUCUUGAAUCUUAUUAGUGAAAAAGAUGAAUAAUUAAUAAGAGAUUGGUAUAGAGAAAUGAUGGAAGUUUACAGAUUUGGAAUAAGGUGUUAUCGUAUACCUAAAAGUUAUGAGGAUUCCUUUGAUGGUGAGGAAGGAAGAGGAAACAUAGUGAAAUAGAGUGGUAUUGAAUAAUCGAGUUUCUGAACUGAAUGUGACUCUUUGUGAGAUGUUAUCGAUGAUGAUUUGAUUUGAAGAAAGAGCAGGAAGAAGAUAGGAAUUUGAAGAUAACAGCGAUUCAUUCAUUAUACAAUAAGUUACCUGUUUAAUGGCAAUGCUGAAAAAAGAAAUUUGAUGAAAUAGUAUUUAAAAAUCAAUUGACUCACAAAUUUCAGAUAUUUAAUUUAGAAUAUCGAGUCACGAAAUAAUAUAAAAAAUUUACUUCUCUUUCAUAUUUUUCAAAAGUUGUCAAGGUUUUUGUCCUUCACGACUUUUAUCGAUAUUCAAAUUUCCAAGACUUUCGUCGAUAAUAUAUUUCAAAGAUUUCCAAGAUCUUUACCUUCGUUUUGCAAGAUUUUUCGAGGGGACGAAGAAAGAUCUCUAGAAAAUUGGAAAUGAACAUAUCGCGUCAAUGCCAGUGUUUCCAAGAAAGCAGUGAAAAUCAAUUAUUUUCAAUAAGGCAAGGUCGAAGUUCACCGGAUUCCGAUAGUUCCAAGAACAACUCUCCGCGUCUGUCGCAACAAGUUCAAAUCCCAUGACCAUUCCAGAGUAAACGGAAGGGCUAAAGAAGAGGAAGAGGUUUUCUUUCUUCUGUUCGUCGAGGCCUGAAGGAUUCCCCUCGGCCCCCCGUUUUUUCGAUGUCGCCACGACGAUGGGAAGAAAAUCGGAGAACGAGAACGGAUAGAACGAGUCGCUGCUAAUGAACGAAUAAAAAGAAGAGGAGAAGUGAGUUGUAUUCGAAUGGCUGGCUCGGAUAAGGAGCCCUCCUCGUGCGUUUAAUCGUUCCAGACAGUGGAGCGACGAUUGGCAUAUGCAAAUCUAGUGGCACAGAGUUUCAACAAUACAGAAAUGCGGUGACCAGUCAGCUUUCGAUGGGGCCAAUACAAGGCAGUGGUAAACAUUGGCUUCAUUCAUCUUGUCCAAUUUGUGAUAAAAAAGUCAACCGCGGCUUGAAUCGAAAUUUUCAUAAUCAAAAUCUGGAAAAAAUACCGUUCGAUUAAUACAAAUCGAUGAAUAAUUUGAAAUUGAUUGAACGAGAAGAAGAAAAGAAAAUUUCCACGUAAAAACACGAUGAAUGAUAUCACAAUUGCGACAAUACGCACUUCGUUCUGUGUUUCACUGUCCAAGAAAAUGUCACAACGAGGAAGCACAUAAACACGAUACAAAAUGGACGAUUCUGUAACAAACGACACAAUUUUCGAAUCUGGAGGUGAGAGUCUCAAGCACUUUCCACGGCCAGUCACUAUCGCAGCUGCGGUUUGUGCGAUAAUUUUCAGUGUCGUUGGAGUUGCGGGCAAUUUGGUAACAGUAAUAGCAUUAUUAAAAUAUACGAGACUGAGACGGCAUGCUACGACCGCUUUCGUAAUAAGUCUCAGCAUUUCUGACUUGAUUUUUUCCGCGGUAAAUCUACCAUUAACUGCGAGCAGAUAUUUAAACGAGGCGUGGGUGCUGGGUGAAACUCUGUGCAAAAUAUUUCCGCUCUUUUUCUAUGGAAAUGUCGCGGUGUCUUUGCUCAGUAUGGUGGCAAUCACGAUUAAUCGGUCAGAAAUAUACGCUCAAUUGUACACCACUCAACGGAUCAUUCUAAUGCUAAUCGCCAUUUGGACGUUGAGUUUCACUCUACUUUUGCCACCAUUGCUCGGUUUCUGGGGGACACUAGGCCUGGAACCGUCCACCUUCUCUUGCACUAUACUAAAGAAGAACGGUAGCAGCCCAAAAAAGUUCUUAUUCGUUCUAGGAUUCAUCGUGCCAUGCGUUGUGAUAAGUGUCUCUUAUUUUUGCAUCUAUUGGCGGGUGAGGAAGAGUAGAAAAAAUCUGGAAGCACAUGCCGGUCCGAACAGAAGAAAAGCAGGAGGGUUUCAACGAAGGGAGGACUCUAGAGUGACCAGAUUGAUGUUGACUAUAUUUCUGUGCUUCCUUUUGUGUUUUAUGCCGCUUAUGCUGGUCAAUGUGAUCGACGAUAAAAUAAAAAUCCCAAUUUUGCACGUAAUAGCUUCUGUGCUUGCGUGGGCCUCUUCUGUGAUCAAUCCUUUCAUUUAUGCCGGUACUAACAAGCUUUACAGAGAGGCCUAUAAGCAAAUUUUGUGUCCAGUCUCUGCUAAAAUACCAACUACCGGACCAAAACCUACCCACUCGCAUUCGAGUAAAGUGUCAUCGCCUCAAACAACUUGAAAUUUUAUGGUUUUAUUCGUUUUGGCGAUGGUAUAUUGCAUAAGUAAUGUAUAUAUAAUGGAAAUUAAUUGAGAUAAGCAUAAAAAAUUGCUAAUAUUUUUAUUAUAUAUAUGAAUUAUUCAAAAUAAAAGUAAAAAUAAAAAAAGAUGGAAAUAGAAAUUGAUACGAAUAUACCAUAUGAAUCGAAUAAAAUUUUCAAUAUUUUAUUCGAAAUGAAAUUUAAAUAUUAAUCCUUUAUCGUGAAAAUUAUUUUUUUUAUUAAUCUAUGAUUUUUAAACAGAUAUAAAUGGAUAAAUGCUUGCGAGCAGCAAUAGAUAUAAAAGACUAUAAUCAUAAUUCAUUGGGCAUUUAUUAGUAUAAGUUAAGCCAGUUAAAUCUGUAGAUUAAAAUUAAUUAUUUUUUUAUACCUAUUAAGAAA